CUCCGUUUUCCGCUCCGCGAUAGUAACCAAGUUGACUUGGUGUGAAUGUAAAGUGUAAUGCUACACUCUGGCUUCCUGCCGAAAAAACCUAACCUGUUAUCUAUACGGACGUUCACCCGGACACCUGGGUGUUUUGCAGGUCAUAACAAGUGGUCAAAAAUCAAACAGCGCAAAGGACUAGAAGAUGCGAAGAAGUCUAAGAUGUACGGGAAGGCUGCGAUGGAAAUUAUAACCGCGGCCAAGAUCGGUGGCUCUAUGAGGCCGGAAGAAAAUUCCAUGUUGGCUACGGCAAUACGCAGAGCCAAGGAAGCAGGAGUUCCCAAGGAAAACAUAGAGAAUGCUAUUGCCAGAGCAGAACGAACAAAAGGUCACGGUCAAAUGCUAACCUUCGAAGCGAUGAUGAAUGCUACCACCGGUCUUAUUAUAGAAUGCCGGUCCAAUAAUAUUAAUCGUACGGUAGGGAAGUUAAGAGAGAUUUUGCAUCACCAUGGAGCUCGCCCAGCACCUGUGAAGUUCUUGUUUCAACAAAGGGGUUACAUCAAGGUGCAAAUCGGAGACGACAUGGAAGACCUCUUAGAUCGACUCAUGACCGAAUGUCCGGUAGACUUCGCCGAGUGGUGUGAGGAGGCGCCUGGGCAGCGGGGUGUAGAACUCGUGUGCCACAUGGUGGACUUGUCAAAGGUCACAAAACUUAUAGAAGAAUAUGCCCCCAGUUCGCCACUUUGCGAAAUACUAACGAGCGAAGUGAAUUGGGCUCCUUUAGAAAAUCGUGAUGCUUCCGAGGAGGAAAGGUCACUUGUGGACAGUCUUGUUGAAGACCUACAAGAGAACGACGACAUCGAACGCGUAUUCACUACCCUAGAACCCAAUCAUUUCGUUGUUGAAUGCUGACAGUAUACAAUUAAUACACAACUAGACAAUAC